GUGUGGUUAGGAGACCGGUACAGUGGAUCUGUGAACAUAUAAAGGUGCAUGCUUCUAAGAAGAUCUACACAGUAGACAGCUGUUGCCUGUUGAAGCAAUCGGAAUGGCUUUCAAAUCUACAAAAAACUCCACAGGAAAUCAAGUCACAUUUUUUCAGGAGGAUGAAGUCUGUAAGCACGGUGACUUUAUCAAAUCCCCACCGCCUCAGCUUUUCACUACACAGAGUUCUUGGAAAAAGCGAGGUUUCAUCUUGUGCAAGUCUAGCGAGAGAUGCUACACCCUGAAGUACCUUAAAGGCCAACAGAUAAAGGGUUUCAUUGCAAUUGACCAGAUUUCAAAUAUUGAGAUUGGCAUAAGUAAUUAUGAGAAGAUGACAGCAGUAAGGAAGAUGUUCAAAUGCCACCCUGAGGAAGUGCUAUCCAUCAACACAGAGAGCAGGGAUUACUACCUCAUUGCGAAGGACAGGGAACAAGUUGAGGACUGGUUCACUUCCCUAUCUUCAGCCCACAUGGAGGCAAAAGACGAUGGAUGCUCUGCUCAGAACCAGAAUCCUUCAGCUCAGAGAAGCAAAGGUCGGUCCCUCUCUUCGCCACCAGCCUUCGAUGAAACAGUUUUGAGCACCCACGAGGAGAUUCCGAGUGACUGCGGUGAAGUGGAAGAUCCCGCAGACGACAAGAAAAGGCCUCACUCAGAUCCUGGCUCUCGUGGUCUCCCUAAACAGCGGCCUCACCACAGUUUACCAGCACCUCUUCUUCCAAGCCUGAAUAACAAUUCUGAAAAGACCAGCAUAAGUCAGCUGCUGUUGGACUCAGAUGAGAACACCGGAGAGGAGGGGGAAGACUAUUAUGCUUCUCCAAGCAGUAUUCUAGCACAGCUGGAAAGUGAGCUAUCAACGUCUGAUCCGCCAGUUCAAUCACACAACCCAGUGGAGAAUGAGGAUCCUCUCAGCAGGAAGUUGUACGUGUCGAUGAAACCUCUGUUGCCUGAAGAGAAACCCCAGCCUACAUGCAGAAGUGAUGAAUUCCUGACCCUUCCCAGAAGUCAAGAAAAUAGCAUAGAUUUAAGAAACUGCGAGGCAGAUGGAAACCAACAACAGCUCACGCAAAGCAGUACUAAUAAGCAGCUAACCCAGGAGAGAAAGCCAAAUGUAUCGUCACUAUCAGUGGUUCAGUUAUCUAUAAUAAUCAAUAAAGUCACAGAUGACAGCCAACUACAAGAGGUGGAUAUUUGCAUCCCUCAUGCUGAUGUCACCAGUAAUCUAACGCUUAUUGAAGCAGCAGGACAAAUAUGCAUCUCGCAUUGGAAGGGUCCCUGCCACUUAGGCUGUAUAUUUCAUCAUGGGGAUCACAUAGUGGCUGUGAAUGACUUGCGCACACAAAGCAUUGAUGAGGUUUCCUUGUUUGUCAGCAGGUCCAUGAGAAAGGAGGUGAAACUUACUGUCCGUCGGAUUCCAGAUUCAGACAUUUUCCAUAUUAAAGGAUGCUCAUGUUCCUAGAUAAGUGGUUGCCAUGUGCAUAUUCCUGAAGAUGGAAGGAUCAUCAUUUAAUAUUUCUAUUCCAGUUGCACUCUGAUGCCUCAUUGUGUUGUGCUCUGUAUAAACACAUAGGGAGAUAUGGAUCCUAUUUAGAAGGCAUCAACUGUGACACUGAAGGUAGAAGGAAAAGGACAACAUCUGCCUGAAGAACUUCCAUUCGUUCAAAGUGGUUGUGGGGCCGCUUCUCUUUAAAUUGUCUUUUUUGACCAACAUCACUGGUGCCGCAACAACACCGUUACUUGAUCAGAGGACUAGAUUUUUCAUGGCUAAGAUGGCUUUGGAUGUGAUCACUUUCUACCAAAUUGGGAUUGGAGUCUUCUCUGGUUUUGCAGAUAAAUCAGCCUUCAAGACAAUCUUCCAGUCUUGAAAAUGGCCACGUGCCACUGAAUUGCAGUACAAAGAACUAACUUCCUUUCCCCAACUAGGGAGGAACAAAGGAGGUAGAAAUGGUGUUAGAAGUAAUUUCCUGCCACUUCCCGGAGCAAAUGUUUGUGAAGUGAGGAAUUCAGGGGUAUAUGAUUUGUCUGUAGUUGUCAUUGGAAAAACACUACUGCAGAGAAGUUUGCAUAUAUCCGUUGAAGCAGAAAAUGAACCAUGCACUCUGUAUCUCUCUGUUACAGCUCUCACUAUUAUGGCAAUAGUGUUGUUCCUAUGGCAACAUGAAGUUUUGGUAGAUUUGUCUAGCACUGCAUGUUCAUUUGUAUGUCAGAAAAUUUGGGAUUUAUUUCCCGCUUUUGCGAAUCAAAACCAAGGUGCUACCAAGUGAUUGUCAGCUGCUUCUUACUUUUAUGUCAGAUUGUAUACGGUGUAGAUGUGCAUUACAGUGAAUGUUACAUGGUGUGAUUUUGUUUGUGAUGCAGAUUGUAUUCCAGCUAUGAAACACGGAGGUGAGAGCCAUGUGAUGAAUUAGAGGGACAUGGGCUAUGUUCCACAGGGAUGUGAUGCAAUUUAACACAUUUCUAUGACUGCAUCACCUGCCCAAAAUUAUCCCAGUGGGACUCGCUCUAACAUUCCAAACCUUUCUGGGGUUUCAAACACACACCCCCCUUUAAACAAAAAUGGACUUGCCACAGAAGUAUUGCUUUCUUUCCCCAAGUAUAUCAUUUCCCAGAAUUACACCGGCCCAAAGCCCUGGAUGGGCAAUAUACAACCAGGGUCCAAUAACAACUUUUCUAGACCUACAAGCAUCAUGGCUUAAAUAUUCAAUAUCUCAUGGCCCUUCUGGGCUAGGAACAACAGCUCUAUACUAAUGGGAAUGGGAGAUACCCACCUACCUCCCAUUAUGACCCCAACACUCCCUUCUAGCAAUGGAAGGCCCAAAGGCAAUGACUUUAGACUUGUGCUAUUCUUAGGUCUAGAGGUGUUAUUUUUAGAUCACUUUUAGGUGUUUUACCUUUAAUUUUAAAGUUCUCUGAGCUGUUCACAGCUGAACCAUGGUCCUUCUCUUUUAAUCUAAGAAGUGUUAUAUAAAAUAUAAUAUGUUGUAUGAAUGAUGUAUGUGCCUUUGUAGCCAUUACGUUCUACUGUGUGUUGUCCUAGCCAGCCUGAUGUAAGUUUAGAACUACCUUAGGUGGGGUUUUUUUUAAAAGCAGUGAACUUCUGAUGCAGUGCUUAGGGCCACAUGACACCAGAAACUGAGGUAGUUAGCAGCAGGUGCUCUGCCGGCUUUAAGAAGGCUGCCUGCCUAAAUCCAUGGCAAUCCUGCAGGAGUGCCGAAACCGGCUCACAUUGCUGAUGCCUUAAGCUAACCCACUCGGUGCCUGCGGCCAGCGUCUGCCAUAAUAUCUAGCAACUCUCUAGGUGUGUCAGCAUCUGCAAAACUGGGCUCACCGGCUAGGGCAGCAAGGAGGA